AUGCAGAAGCAUCUAGACCUCAUUGUUUUGAUCCUCUGUGCUUUGUCUGAGUGCAUUAACAGUGACAGCAACAACGAGCAGCAGUCCCCUCUUCUCUCACGCUGGACCCAGCCAUCCUGUUCACGAUAUCACAUGCAAACUCAGUUUCCCUUUGCACAAUUCCUGGAUCAAGUCUUUUUUUCUUUUCUUUUGGCAAUGAUUUCGGACAGAUUCUUUGCUUGGCUUUCUGUGCUUUCCUUGACCAAGGUGUCUUUGACACAGGCGGUAUUCCUUCCCAGACGCCUGGAUUUAGACUGGCCUAAAAACUGCGGUGUUGCGUAUUUCCAACCAAACAUAUUUGCUAAGAUUAUUGCCGGCAAUGAAGCGAGGCCUCAUUCUUGGCCGUGGCAAGUCUCCUUACAGGUCCGUUCUAAACCAAGCGAUAAAUUCGUCCAUGUCUGUGGCGGCACCCUCAUUCACAAAAACUGGGUUCUCACUGCUGCCCACUGUUUCCAGAAGGGACAGGAAGAAGAUGUCACCAACUGGCGAAUUCUUCUCGGCAAGCAUCACCUUAACUACCCGGAAUCCACAGAAAGAAGCUACCGGGUGAAGCGAAUUUAUCGGCACGAACGUUUUCAGUACCCUCAGCUAAAUGAGCUGGAGUAUGACAUUGCUUUGGUCAAGCCAGUGGAAGAGAUUACCGCCAACAGGUUUAUCCAUUAUGCCUGCCUGCCAAAAAGAGGCAGUUUUCUCCGUCCGGGACAUUCCUGCUGGGUGACUGGCUGGGGGGGCACGAGAGGUAUUUCAGAGUGUCGUGUGCCACCAAUAAGAAUUACAUUGUUUUCAAUAAGUGUCUAUAGCUUUGCAGCCUUAAUUUGUGCAAAGUUAGAAGAAUUUGGCCCUGGAAUCCGUUUUUGGUUCCAAAAAUGUUCUGGUUCUUACUCUUCUUCUGUUUUAUGCACUGAAGGUGGACAAGAUGAAAACUUCUCUCUCUCCGAGGUUUUGAAUCAGGCCAAGUUGCCAGUCAUAGAUUUCAACACAUGCCACCUCAAGAAGUUCUGGGGAAGCAAAAUCCAAACAUCAAUGCUCUGUGCUGGACUGAAAGAUACAGCAAGGUCUUCAGCUGCCUGCCAGGUACAGAAAUGGGCUAUUCAUGCAGAGCCUUUCCACACAAAUCUGUUUUUAGGUGCUAUCAGUAGACAAAUCUCCCUGUCACUGUCGAUUACCCUCACCGGCAUAAGAACAUGUUUCAACUCUUGGACGAUAUUUUAUUUUCAGGGAGACUCGGGUGGCCCACUGCUUUGCCAAACUGGGAGAGAGACAUGGGAAGUCCAUGGGGUCGUGAGCUUCGGGCCAGUUGGGUGCCAGGUGCAGAACAAGCCUACUGUCUUUACUAGGACAUCUGCAUAUAUUCCUUGGAUUGAAGCAAUCAGAAUGCGGGAUUUUUUUUUGUAAAGGACAGGAAAGAGAAGGGAA